AUGGGGAAGAGCAAAGUUUUAAUAGUGGGAGGAACAGGGUAUUUGGGGAAGAGAUUGGUGAGGGCAAGUUUGGGAUUAGGGCAUGAAACAUAUGUUUUACAGAGGGCAGAAAUGGGAGUUGAGAUUGAAAAAGUGGAGCUUCUUCUUUCAUUCAAGAAACAAGGAGCCCAUUUGGUUUGUGCUUCUUUUAAUGACCAUAAUACCCUUGUGGAGGCUGUCAAGCUUGUGGAUGUUGUCAUCUCUGCAAUUUCUGGUGUUCAUAUCAGAUCCCAUCAAAUCCUUCUUCAACUCAAACUUGUUGAUGCCAUUAAACAGGCUGGAAAUAUCAAGAGAUUUUUGCCAUCCGAGUUCGGGACGGAUCCAGCAAGAAUGGAGAAUGCAACGGAGCCGGGAAGAGCAACAUUUGAUGAUAAAAUGGUGGUGAGGAAAGCCAUAGAAGAGGCUAAAAUUCCCUUCACUUACAUCUCUGCAAAUUGCUUUGCUGGUUACUUUCUUGGUGGUUUGUGUCAGCCUGGUUCCAUCCUUCCCUCCAAAGAUCAUGUUCUCCUCCUUGGAGAUGCCAACCAAAAAGCAAUUUAUGUGGAUGAAGAUGACAUUGCAAUGUAUACCAUGAAAACCAUUGAUGACCCUCGAACUCUGAACAAAACAGUGUACAUUAGGCCACCAAAGAACAUAUUAUCACAAAGAGAAGUUGUUGAGAUUUGGGAGAAAUUAAUUGGGAAGCAGCUCACAAAGACCUCCAUUUCUGCUCACCAAUUUCUUGCAAAAAUCAAAGGUGAAAUUAGCUACGCAGAGCAAGUUGGGCUAAGUCACUAUUAUGAUGUAUGCUAUGAGGGUUGUCUGGCAAACUUUGAAAUAGGGAAGGAUGGUGAAGAAGCCUGCAAUCUGUAUCCAGAAAUCAACUACACAACUGCUGAGGAUUACAUGAAACGCUACCUUUAGGCUUUUAACACCUGCCAAAUUAUAAACCCUCAAAAUAAAACCACAUUCAUUUUAUUUCAGUUAUGUUUCCUUCCCCGACUGCCCUACCCAAUUAUGAUAUCGAUGUACCUAUCCAAUGUCGGAUUUGAAUAAAGAUGUAAGAUUGUGUUUCAUGAGCGUUU